CAGCGACGCCAGCAGCAGCCCGGAGACAAACGGCACGAGGCUCCGCCCCCCCGCCAGCAGGUGACCUCUCACCUUCCUCCAGCUGCUGAGGCCAGAGCGUCCUGCUGACCUGAGGACGAAAGAUGACAUCAACAUGGAGUGUUGUCUCGUCUCCUGGAGACCAAACAAACCUGAUGUCACUGAAACUUCCAGAAGCUCCAACCGACCAACUGACAAACCAGAACAACAACAACAACACGCGCGUGUGUUCAGAGCACGCUUUGGCUUCAUCAUGAGUCACACUCACCUGCACACACCUUCAGCUCCUCACAGCACUUUGCAGAGGAUCAGUUUGGCCGUCCUGCCUGCUGCCAUCCAUCGAUUCCUCUUCAGCCAAUCAGAAGAGUUUCGGGUGGCUCACCUGGUCCUCAGGGCGCUGUUUGGAGCGGUGAGCGGCGCAGCUCUGUUCCUGGGAGUGUCCCACAGCCUCCCGCUGACCUUUGACCUGCGGCUGGCAGCAGGAGGUCUGUUUGUCGCUGUGUGUGUGGUGGGCGGAGCCUUGUCCUCCUCCUCCAGAUGUUCGGUCCUGCUGAUGUUUCCCAGCAUGCUCGGCUCCCGCGGUCGAGCGUACCUGGCGCUGUUCAUCCUGUCUGUGCUCUACCGAGGACCAGUUUCUAACAUCCAGCGUAACGUGGAGACAGCUGCUCUGUCUCUGAGCUGUAACCUGGACCUGCAGGUUCAUCACAGCAAGCUACUGUGGAGAGACGCCAUCAGACCUUUUAUACUCAUCACGCAGGAGCUCAUGGAUGAUAAAGCAGACUUUCAGUCGCAGGCUCAGAGCAUUAGCAGGAAGUUUCAGAACAUCAGAGACGAGGUCGUCCUUCAGUACGGAUACGACCAAUUCAAACCAAAACACGUCACCGGUAACAGCACACAAGAGCAGUUCACCGCCAAGACCAUGAUGCAGUGCGACAGUGUGGUGAAUGAAGGCAUGCAGCGAUGUGCUGAUUGGUUCAGCCUCAGGUGGGCGGAGUGUAUGGAGGCGAUCCCUGUCCCCAUCAUUAACCACAUCCUCUGUGUCUCCAUGAAGUUCCACUUCCUGUGUGAUGUCAUGAGAGUGAUGACUCCGUGGUGCAGGGAGCAGAUCCCAGUAGAGGGAAACUUCGGUCAGCUGUUUGAUCAGCUAAACCUUUCAGUCAACCUGCUGUCCAGAGAGUUCAGCACCGAGCUCGUCCUGCAGGAGCAGCAGCAGCAGUCGGUGUUGGGUGGAUCUCUGCUGGAUCAGGAGUUCACUCAGGCUGUUAGAGGAUCCUUCCAGAAGCUGACGACGACCAUUAAACAGCUGCUGAACGUCCUGCAGCUGCUGCAGUCCUUCACCUUCAUCACCAUCUUCACCCAAGCAUUUAGUUACCUCAGACAGUACAGGAGGGACGUUCGAUUCGACAACGUCUACAUCACCACCUACUUCAGACAGAUCGACGCCCGCAGGAGGAGAGCGGGGAAGCGCUGUCUGCUGCCUCUGAAACAAUCAGAGAAGAAGAAGUUCAUCAACCCCUGGAGUCCAAAAAUCCAUCCAGAAGAGCUCAAACAAGUGACCUCAGGUGUGUUUCAGGUGAUGUCUAUCGCUCUGCUGUCUGCCAUCCUGCUGACUGUCGACUUCUCUCUCUUCCAUGUUUUGGACAUCGUCAGCAGACACACCUUCACCCAGUUCAACCUGACCAGUAGUCACCAGGUGGACAUCAGAGUGGGCGGGGCCUCCAUGAUGGCCCGCCUCCUGAGGAAGACAGUUUCAGCCUUCAACAGCUCGUCCAUCCUCCACAUCCAAAUGAACAACCAGGUGUGUGUGUCCCCCCCCUCCCCCCUCUCUGCAGGUGUGUAUGUGAGCUGUGUGUGUUGUGUCCUGUUGGUGGCGCUCUUCAGCUGCCUUCAGGUUUACACCAACCGCCUCCGACGGGUCAUCGCCGCCUUCUACCACCCACAGAGGGAGAAGAAGCGAGUCUUGUUUCUCUACAACCUGCAGAUCCAGAGACGGAUUUCCUCCACAGACAGGAAACGCAUCAUCAGCCGGGGACGGAGGAGCCGGUCGGUGCUCGAGUGUCUGAGCAGGUGUGGGCGUCGUCUUCGUCAUCAGCACCAACAGGAAGUGCCGGACCCGGAGGAGACGCACUACAACCCCGGUUAGACCGGGACAGGAAGUUCCACCUGCAGAAGAAGAAGAAUACGUCGAAAUAAAGCUGCACCUUUAAAA